GCCCCACAGUUCCCCGUAGCAGAAGCGAAUUGGAGUUUGCAUUGGAGGGAAAUGUUCUCGUACCCAUCGAGAAACCAAGUCAAUAGUAGAGGCAGAGGGAACGAAAAGAGUUAACAUUAACAGUCUUAGGUAGCAUAAUAACUCAAAUACGAGAUUUGAGUUGAACGGUGGGAGUGUACAGUUAUGGAGCUUAUUAAAGAAGAAACUGUACCGGAGGAUGACAGCAGAGGGCGGCAGAGAGAUGGUUUGACAAGUGUCGUCCCCCCGAAACAAGUGCAAAGAAAUCAACUGGAGAUCUGUCCGGGUCUGGUGUCUGGAGAUGUACAUCCUAUUUGCCGCGGCCGGGAUAGGAGCGAUCCGGAGCCCAAGGCUGGCGACGCAGCAAGUGACGACGGGUUUCCUGUGAACAAAACAAGUAAUAAGAGAGACUCUGAUUGCACGAGUCUAAACACAGAGGGGCUGUCAGAUGGCCGCCAGGGCAAGAAGAAACACAGACGGCGACCCUCCAAAAAAAAGCGCCGCUGGAAGCCUUACUUCAAAUUAACCUGGGAGGAAAAGAAAGAGUUGGAUGAACGCGAGACUGCGCGGGCGUCGCGGGUGCGUGCCGAAAUGUUCGCCAAAGGUCUCCCCGUCGCCCCAUACAACACCACCCAGUUCCUGAUGGAGGAACACGACCGAGAAGAACCUGACCUCAACACGGAGCUGGUCGGCCGAAAAACCGGGGUGAUCCGCUCCGAUGACACGGCCAGUGAGGAUGAGAAUUUCGAGGCCGAAGAGGAAGACGAGGAGGAAGGGGCCGGCGGCGGCGAAGGGAGCGACGGAAUGGGCAGACCCGGGCACGCAGGCGGGGAGUUUUUGCAGAGAGACUUCUCUGAGACCUAUGAGAGGUACCACGUCGAGACUCUCCAAAAUAUGUCCAAACAAGAACUGGUUAGGGAAUACCUGGAGCUGGAGAAGUGCAUGUCGCGGUUAGAGGAGGAGAACAACUGGCUUCGCCACGUCCGGAGAAAUCCCGAGUCCCCAGCUGACGGCACUGGCGCUCAGCGCGUGCGGGAGCUGGAGAUUGAGGUGGAGAGACUGAGAGCCGAGAACGAGUUAUUACUCAAAACCCCCAAAAGUAAAGGGCCAGGACUCAACCUGUCUCAGUCGAGCUGAAUCGAUGUUUCAUUUCCGUUUUACAAGUCAAAUCGUUUCAUUGUAUUGGUGUAAACAACAUCUCUAUGGUAGCUAAUACCCUCUCAGCCUAUGCCAUCUGAAAGUAAUGUUUUUCUGACACAAAAUUGUAUUAAAAUCUUUCGUGCGGACCCACAUAUUUGGUCAGUAAUGUAUGUUAGUCGUUUGUACGAUUAAAUUGACUUAAAGAAUAGCUUGCAAUGAUUUUCAUGUUAUGUAAAAGAUGUUAAAAAAAAAGAAAAGGAAAAAAAAGGCCAGAAACCGACUACUCUUAUUUUUUUUUGCCAUGACGUCACAAUCACAUCUCGGCUAAUUUCGGGUGUUUUGUUAGUUUACCAUAAUUAUUGGAUGUUUGAAAGCGCAACAUCCAAUUCAGAAACAGCGUAAACAUGCAGCGUUUCAGAUUCAUAUUUAAUCUCGCAUAUGAUUCAGAGUGUUAAUGCAUGACAAGACAGUAUGUUGUAAACAGUGGAAAACCGUUAAUGGUGUUUUGCCCAAAUAUAUUGUCGAUUAAAUUAUUUCACGUUUUAGUUCUAA